AUGGAACUGAGAGUGGGGAACAAGUACCGCCUCGGCAGGAAGAUAGGGAGCGGCUCUUUUGGAGACAUUUACCUGGGCAUUAACAUCGCCACGGGUGAGGAGGUGGCCAUCAAGCUGGAAUGUGUGAAGACCAAACACCCACAACUCCACAUCGAGAGCAAGUUCUACAAGAUGAUGCAGGGAGGAGUGGGCAUCCCAUCCAUAAAGUGGUGUGGAGCAGAGGGAGACUACAACGUGAUGGUGAUGGAGCUGCUAGGCCCCAGUCUGGAGGAUCUGUUCAACUUCUGCUCCCGCAAGUUCAGCCUCAAGACUGUCCUGCUGCUGGCUGACCAGAUGAUCAGCCGAAUUGAGUACAUCCACUCUAAGAACUUCAUCCACAGAGAUGUGAAGCCUGACAACUUCUUGAUGGGCCUGGGCAAGAAGGGCAACCUGGUGUACAUCAUUGACUUUGGCCUGGCCAAGAAGUACCGUGACGCCCGCACACACCAGCACAUCCCCUACCGCGAGAACAAGAACCUGACCGGCACGGCACGCUAUGCAUCCAUCAACACACAUCUGGGGAUAGAGCAGUCUCGUCGUGAUGACCUGGAGUCUCUGGGUUACGUCCUGAUGUACUUCAACCUGGGCUCUCUGCCCUGGCAGGGCCUCAAGGCCGCCACCAAGGGGCAGAAGUACGAACGCAUCAGUGCGAAGAAGAUGUCCACCCCCAUCGAGGUGCUCUGCAAGGGAUACCCAUCUGAGUUCUCCACCUACCUGAACUUCUGUCGCUGUCUGCGGUUCGAUGAUAAGCCGGACUACUCGUACCUGAGACAGCUGUUCAGAAACCUGUUCCACAGACAGGGCUUCUCCUACGACUACGUCUUUGACUGGAACAUGCUCAAGUUUGGGGCCAGCAGGACAGCCGAGGAUGGGGAGAGGGAGAGGGAAAGGGAGAGGAGAGAGGGAAAAGAGGGGGAUGAGAGGAUCGGCGGAGGACCUAGGGUACCUCGUGCCCUACCCCCGGGCGGCAACCCCCUGGGCGGCGUAGACAGGAUCAGAAAUGGCCCCAAUGCAGCAGCCUCUAACCCUGCUUCCAGAGGAGUCGCACAGUCAGGGAACCGGUCCCCACAAGCCGUGUCCCGUGCGGAGCGAGAGAGAAAGGUGGCCAUGAGGCUCCACCGUGGCGCCCCCGCCAACAUCUCCUCCUCUGACCUCACUGCACAGAUGGGCCAAUCACGCAUUGCCACAUCACAGGUCAGUGUGCCAUUUGAACACCUGGGGAAGUGA